AAAAUUGUAUUCUUCUUAUUUUCCCCAAUAAUUUGUCAAUUGGAGUCUGUGUCACAGAAUAGAGAAAAUCCAUAUCUCAAUUUUCGAUUUUCUUCCACUCCAGCGUAAAGAGAAGAGGUUUUUUGUUGAACCCUAAUCCCAAAAAACCUCAAAUCAAUGGCACACCGUUUGCUCAGAGAUCACGAAGCCGACGGCUGGGAACGUUCCGACUUCCCCAUCAUCUGCGAAUCCUGCCUCGGUGACAGCCCUUACGUUCGAAUGACAAGGGCUGAGUAUGACAAAGAGUGCAAGAUUUGUACAAGGCCUUUUACGGUUUUUAGAUGGAGACCUGGUCGAGAUGCGAGAUAUAAGAAAAGUGAGAUCUGUCAGACAUGUAGUAAAUUGAAGAAUGUUUGUCAAGUAUGCCUUUUGGAUCUUGAAUAUGGGCUUCCGGUUCAAGUCCGUGACACGGCUCUCAGUAUCAGUUCCAAUGAUGCCAUUCCGAAGAGUGAUGUUAAUAGGGAGUAUUUUGCUGAAGAGCACGACCGCAAGGCUAGAGCUGGGAUAGAUUAUGAAUCCUCUUUUGGUAAAGCGCGCCCAAAUGAUACUAUCCUGAAGCUUCAGAGAACGACACCUUAUUACAAAAGAAACCGGGCGCAUAUUUGCAGUUUCUACAUAAGGGGUGAGUGUACCAGGGGAGCUGAGUGCCCUUACAGACAUGAGAUGCCAGUAACUGGGGAACUGUCUCAACAAAAUAUCAAAGAUCGAUAUUACGGGGUGAAUGAUCCGGUGGCCAUGAAGCUGCUUGGCAAGGCAGGAGAGAUGAACUCGUUGGAGGUUCCCGAGGAUGAGAGUAUUAAAACACUUUACAUUGGUGGACUUGAUGCUAGGGUCACCGAGCAGGACUUGCGGGAUAACUUUUAUGCCCACGGAGAAAUUGAGUCUGUCAAAAUGGUUCUUCAACGGGCCUGUGCUUUUGUAACCUAUACAACAAGAGAAGGUGCAGAAAAGGCAGCAGAGGAACUCUCUAACAAACUUGUUAUCAAGGGCCUUAGGCUAAAACUGAUGUGGGGCAGGCCUCAGACAGCUAAACUUGAAUCCGAUGGCUCUGAUCAAGCAAGGCAGGCCUCUGUGGCUCAUAGUGGGCUGUUGCCUCGAGCUGUGAUAUCACAGCAGCAGAACCAAGACCAGACCCAAGGACAACUUUACUAUAACAAUCCACCGCCUCAGCAGGAAAGGAGCUACUACCCUUCAAUGGAUCCUCAAAGAAUGGGUGCUCUUAUUCCAUCUCAAGACGGUCCUCCUGGUGGGCCUUCUGGAUCAGGGGAGAACAAACCCAGUUCUGAUAAGCAGCAAAUGCAGCAUUAUGGCCAUCCUAUGAUGCCACCUCCACAUGGUCAAUACCAUCAUCAGUACUAUCCUCCAUAUGGUGGUUACAUGCAGCCUGUUCCUCCUUAUCAACAAUACCCACCACCACCAUACAAUGCUGCAAUGCCUCCAUCCCAACCACCUACUGCUAAUCAUCCCUAUCAACCUCCAUCCCAACCGGGGUCUUCACAGUCAGGGUCUGGACAAGCUGCUAAUCAUCCCUAUCAACCUCCAACCCAACCGGGAUCUUCACAGUCAGGGUCUGGACAAGCUGUGUCUGCACCAGCCGAAACUGGAAUAUCAUCAUCUGGUUCACAGCAACAAUAAAAAUAUCGUUGUAAUGCAAAUUUUUUCUUGGAAGUACUGUGUUGACAUGGAAUAUAUUUAGACUCAAACAGUCGAACAGCUUGAUAUGAUUUUUGCCUUGUGGUUUGAACAAAUUAUGUGUUCCUGUAAUACAAGUUAUUUUAUUAUUAGUAA